CGCCCCGCCCGCCCGCCCGGAGUGCGCGAGGCGCUCCGCUCCCAUUGCUGCGGCCGCUGGGCGCGGGGCAGAGGCGGCCGGACCGAGCGCAGGGGCCCGCGGCGACCCGGGGCCUGAGGGGCGGGCCGAGCGCGGAGGCAGGGCCCGGGAGGUGCGUCCAUGGGCCCGCGGCGGCCGGCCGGGGGCUGUGCGGGCGGGCGGCGGGCGCCGCGCGCUCUGUGAGGGCCCGGCCCACGUCCGGCCCGCGGAGCCGCCCUGCCCGCCGGGGGCGCGCUCGGCCUGCGUCGGCGGCCCGCGGCGCGAGGCGGGGACAUGCCGCGGCGCCCGCGCUGACCGCCCGCCGCCGUGCAUGCUGCCGCCGCCCCUGCUGCCGCCGUCUGCCGGGCCGGCCUGGGCCUCGCCGCCGCCGCGCCGGCCAUGUCGGCGGCCAAGGAGAACCCGUGCCGGAAGUUCCAGGCCAACAUCUUCAACAAGAGCAAGUGCCAGAACUGCUUCAAGCCCCGCGAGUCGCAUCUGCUCAACGACGAGGACCUGACGCAGGCAAAACCCAUUUAUGGUGGCUGGCUGCUCUUGGCUCCAGAUGGGACUGACUUUGACAAUCCAGUACAUCGGUCUCGGAAAUGGCAGCGGCGGUUCUUUAUCCUCUACGAGCAUGGCCUUCUGCGCUACGCCCUGGAUGAGAUGCCCACAACCCUUCCUCAGGGCACCAUCAACAUGAACCAGUGCACAGACGUGGUGGACGGAGAGGGCCGGACAGGCCAGAAGUUCUCCCUGUGUAUUCUGACCCCUGAGAAGGAGCAUUUCAUCCGGGCAGAGACCAAGGAGAUCAUCAGCGGAUGGCUAGAGAUGCUCAUGGUCUAUCCCAGGACCAACAAGCAGAACCAGAAGAAGAAGCGGAAAGUGGAGCCUCCCACACCACAGGAGCCAGGGCCAGCCAAGAUGGCUGUCACCAGCAGCAGCAGCAUCCCCAGCGCCGAGAAAGUCCCCACCACCAAGUCUACACUCUGGCAGGAAGAAAUGAGGGCCAAGGACCAGCCAGAGGAGAGCAGCCUGAGUCCAGCUCAGAGUCCCAGCCAGAGCCAGGCUCCUGCUACCAGCGCCCUGAGGGAACCUGGGCUGGAGGGUGAAGAUGAGGAGAGCGCCAUGAGCAGCGACCGCAUGGACUGUGGCCGCAAAGUCCGGGUGGAGAGUGGCUACUUUUCCCUGGAGAAGACCAAGCAGGACUUGAAGGCCGAGGAGCAUCCACUGCCCCAGCCGGUCUCCCCUCCCAGCCCCAGCACCCCCAACAACAGGUACAGUGGCCCUGGACCACCCUCCCAGGAGCUUGGUCAUCCCUUUCCUUCUCCAGGUUCUCAACCCUUGUGUCGAAUGGUCUGCAGCAGCUCCCUCGGCUCUCUGGAUGUGGCCAGCCAGCCUCCUGCUCAUGUGGACUCCAGCAGCCCGGGGGGGCGGGGAGCAGAGAGACUGGGGUGCACCUUUGCCUUUAAAGCCAGCAGGCAGUAUGCCGCCCUGGCCGACAUCCCUAAGGCCAUCAGGAUCAGCCACCGAGAAGCCUUCCAGGUGGAGAGGAGGCGGUUGGAGCGUAGGACUCGGGCCCGGAGCCCUGGCAGGGAAGAGGUGGCCCGUCUGUUUGGCUACGAGCGGAGGAGGUCUCAGGUCAUUGAGAAAUUUGAAGCCUUGGACAUUGAGAAGGCAGAGCACAUGGAGACCAACUUGUCAGCUGGGCACUCACCAUCAAGUGACACACGCCAGGGCCGUAGUGAGAAGAGGGCAUUCCCCAGGAAGCGGGACCUCCCCAAUGAAGCCCCCACAGCUCCUCUCCCGGACGCCUCAGCCUCCCCCCUGUCUCCACACCGAAGAGCCAAGUCACUGGACAGGAGGUCCAUGGAGUCCUCACUGACGCCUGACCUGCUGAAUUUCAAGAAAGGCUGGCUGACCAAGCAGUACGAGGAUGGCCAGUGGAAGAAACACUGGUUUGUCCUUGCUGAUCAAAGCCUGAGAUACUACCGGGAUUCGGUGGCUGAAGAGGCGGCUGACUUGGAUGGGGAAAUUGACUUGUCUACGUGUCAUGAUGUCACGGAGUAUCCAGUCCAGAGGAAUUACGGCUUUCAGAUACAUACGAAGGAGGGCGAGUUCACCCUCUCGGCUAUGACGUCGGGAAUCCGGCGGAACUGGAUCCAGACCAUCAUGAAGCACGUUCAUCCGACCUCUGCCCCGGACGUGACGAGCUCCUUGCCGGAGGAGAGAAACCGCAUCAGCUCCUCCUUCGAGACCUGCCCAAGGCCAAGUGAGAAGCUGGAGGUGGAGCCCAGGGAGCCAGACCCUGAGCAGAAGAGGAGCCGAGCUCGCGAGCGCAGGCGGGAGGGGCGCUCCAAGACCUUCGACUGGGCUGAGUUCCGCCCCCUGCAGCAGGCCCUGGCUCAGGAGCGGGCAGAGCUGCCCCGCAGCCUCCCCGAGGCCGGGCCGGGGGAGCUGGAGCGGGAGCGGGCACGCCGGCGGGAAGAGCGCCGUAAGCGCUUCGGGAUGUUUGACACGGUGGACGGGCCAGCCGCUGAUGACACGUCCUUGCGGAUGGAGGUGGAUCGGAGCCCGGGGCUACCUGUGACCCCCGACCUCAAGACACAGAAUGUCCAUGUGGAGAUCGAGCAGCGGUGGCAUCAGGUGGAGACCACCCCUCUCCGGGAAGAAAAGCAGGUGCCCAUUGCCCCUCUGCACCUGUCCUCUGAGGACAGAAGUGACCGGCUCUCUACUCAUGAACUGACCUCUCUGCUGGAGAAGGAGUUGGAGCAGAGCCAGAAGGAGGCCUCAGACCUUUUGGAGCAGAACCGGCACCUGCAGGACCAGCUGAGGGUGGCUCUGGGCCGGGAGCAGAGUGCCCGGGAGGGCUAUGUGCUGCAGACUGAAGUGGCCACCUCCCCAUCUUGUGCCUGGCAGAGGCUCCACAGAGUUCAUCAAGAUCUGCAAAGGGAGCUGGAGGCCCAGUGCCAGCGCCAGGGGCUGACCACGCAGCAGACCCAGGCCCUGAAGCGCAGCCACGGGGAGCCCGAGGAUGCAGCCCGGCUCCGUGAGGCCGAGAUCCGCAGCCUUCAGGCGAGGCUCAGCACCGCUGCCGCCGAGCUCACCUUCAAGGAACAGGCACUGGCCCAGCUCAAGGGGGACCUGGAACUGGAGAAGGACAAGGCCCGUGAACACUUGGAGGAGUGGCAGCACAGCAAGGCCGUGCUGAGCGGUCAGCUCCAGGCCAGCGAGCAGAAGCUCAAGAGCGCAGAGGCCCUGCUGCUGGAGAAGAUGCAGGAGCUGCGCGACCUGGAGACGCAGCAGGCACUGCAGAGAGACCGGCAGAAGGAGGUGCAGAGGCUACAGGAGCGCAUCGCAGACCUCAGCCAGCAGCUCAGUGCUAGCGAGCAGGCCCAGCGGCUGAUGGAGGAGAAGCUGCAGAGGAACUACGAGCUGCUGCUGGAGAGCUGUGAGAAGGAAAAGCAGGCGUUGCUGCAGAACCUGAAGGAGGUGGAGGACAAGGCCAGUGCCUACGAGGACCAGCUCCAGGACCACGAGCAGCAGGUGGAGGCCCUCCAGAGGGAGAAGCUCAGCGCCAGGUCUGAGGGCAGCCAGGCGGUGCGCCAGCUGGAGGAGCAGCUGCAGGCGAAGGAGGCUAGCCUCCAGACGCUGGCCCAGCACGUCCAGAGUCUCAGGGACGAGCGGGACCUGGUCCGGCAGCGGUUCCAGGAGCUGACGGAGCGCGUCGCCCUGUCUGAUGGGGAUGUUGCUGAGCUUCAGCAGAAGCUGCAGGGCAGGGAGGCCGACUACCAGAGCCUGGAGCAUGCCUACCAGAGGGUGGCCGGCCAGCUCCAGGGCAUGCACGCCCUGCUGAGACAGAGGGAGGAGGAGCUGAGGCAUAUCAAGGACAUGCAUGAGAAAGUUCUGGAAAAGAAAGAUCAGGACCUCAAUGAGGCUUUGGUUAAAAUGGUUGCCUUGGGGAGCAGCUUAGAGGAAACAGAAAUGAAGCUCCAGACAAAGGAAGAGAUUUUAAGGAAAUUUACCAAGGCGUCUUCAGAGGAAGUGGAGGAGCCGCAGAGCUCCCUGGGAGAAGCAGAGGAUGGCUUUGCGCUCUCGGACCUGCAGCUCCAAGCCUCAGGCAUAUCCCCAGGCUGCCCACACGUGAGGCUCGAGGAUGAGGACCCGGGGGCUGCCCUUAAGGAGAAACAUGGGCACAGCAGCCCCAGGAGAGAAGGGAGCAUAAUGCCCCCGAAGUCAGAAGUGCCUGACAAGGAGGAGCACUCACGGAACACAGCAAAACCUGAGCAGUGCGUACCCAGCAUUAAAAGGCAAAGAAUCCGGUUCUCCACGAUCCAAUGCCAGAAAUACACCCACCCUGAUGGAUCCGAGAAGACCUGGACCAGCAGCACGUCUUCCGACACCAGUCAGGACCAGUCACCCUCCGAGGAGAGCAUGUCGUCAGAGGCCACCCUUAGCUCUGUCCCUGCAACCAGCGACUCUGACACCUACCUCUCCAUAAUACACUCCCUGGAGACCAAGCUCUACAUCACAGAAGAGAAGCUCAAAGAUGUGACGGUGAAGCUGGAGAGCCAGCAGGGCCAGAGCCAGGAGGCCCUGCUCACGCUGCACCACCAAUGGGCUGGCACCGAGGCGAGGCUCCGCGAGCAGCUCCGUGCCAGCCUGCUCCAGGUGGGCGCGCUGGCCUCACAGCUGGAGCAGGAGAAACAGGCCAGGAAGAAGGUCAUUGAAAAUCACGUAGGGGAGCUUGGAAAUUUCCAGGUAAAAAACACACAGGCCCUCGCUUGCUUAGAAAAUUGCCGAGAACAGCUACAGUCUCUGCCAAGGUCUGGCCAGGAGGAAGCACUGGGGGCAGGAGCAGGCCCCCUGGCCAGCGUGGAGAGCGUGCUAGUAAGUGCCAUCCAGGCUCUGCGUCACUGGCCAGCCCCUGCAGACAGCGGGGCCCAAACUCUGCUGGAGGAAGAGAGUUUCCUGGAGAGAGGGAAGGAGACUCCGCAGCCGGAGCUGACCGAGCAGGAGCAGUUGAAGCUGACCGAGCAGGAGCAGUUGAAGCUCCUUGCUGAUCAAAUAGCUCUGGAAGCCUCUCUGAUAAACCACAUAGCAGACUCUUUAAAAAACACAACGUCAGACAUCUCCCACCUUCUCGACGAGGUUUCUCAGUCAGGAGAGUUGCCCCUGGAGUCUGGGAGUGCAGUCUGUCUGGGGGCCCCAGCAGACACCUGGGCUAAGAAGGUGCUGGUGGAUGGUGAAUUCUGGAGCCAGGUUGAGUCCCUGAGUAAGCACCUGGGAACAGUGGGGGGAGAGGCAGCCAGUGCAUCAGGAGGUGGGCAGCAGAGCAUCCCACCAGCCCUGGUCCCCACCCUGGCAGAAGCCACGUGGGUCAGGGCGGAGCUCAGCUUUGCUGUGCAGUCAGUGAGGGAGUCGUUCCACCGUCGGUUGCAGAGCAUUCGGGAGACUCUCCGGGGGACCCAAGCAGCCCUGCGGCAGCAUAAGCACGCGCUGGGAGAAAUCCUAGGAGCCUACCGAACCCCUGACUUUGAGAGGGUGAUGCAGCAGGUCGCAGAGGCCCUCCAGCUCCCAGGGGACACUGCAGAAGGUGUCCAGGCUCCCUGGGACUUGAGCCCAUUGAGAGAAGAACUGAGUCAUCAAGACACAGCUGGCUUCCAGGAGCCCUUCCACUUCUCCGACCAGAGCUCUGGGGCCUUCGUUGGGAUUCAGGAAGAACUCGCCCUGCAGCUUAAAGAUAAGGCCCGCCUCUUAGGAGAGAUAUCUGCCUCUUUAACUUCCCUUCCCCCUGUGGAGUCCAUGAGAGAUUGUCAGAAGCUUCUUCAGGUGUCCCAGAAUCUCUCCUAUAACACUUACUUGGGAGGCCUUGGUCAGUAUUCUUCAUUACUAGUUAAAGAUGCAAUUAUUCAGGCUCAGGUAUGUUAUGCAGCCUGCAAAAUUCGCCUGGAGUAUGAGAAAGAGCUUCAGUGCUACAAGGAGUCCUGGCCGAGCAGGGGGGGCUCCUGCCAGGAGCACGAGCAAGCUAUCGGAGCCCUGAGGGAGGAGUACAAGGAACUUCUCCGGAAGCAGAAGAGUGAGUACCUGGAAGUGAUUUCCAUCAUUCAAAGGGAAAAUGCUGAGCUCAAGGCCCAGGUCGCCCAGCUAGACCAGCAGCAGAGGUAUCUGGAGGAAGUGGAGAGCAAGCACAAUGAGAACAUGUUUGCCCUGCAAGGGCGGUACGAGGAGGAGAUCCGGUGUGUGGUGGAGCAGUUGAACAGAGCAGAGAAUACACUGCAAGCUGAGCACAGCCGAGUCCUGAGCCAGCUGGAUGCCUCAGUCAGAGACAGGCAGGACAUGGAGAGGCACCAUGUGGAGCAGAUGCAGACCCUGGAGGACAAGUUCCAGCUCAAGGUCAAAGAGCUACAGACCAUCCAUGAGGAAGAGCUAAGGACCUUGCAGGAGCACUACUCCCAGAACCUGCAGUGCCUGCAGGAGACCCUCUGCCACUAUCAGGGCCAGCCGCCGGAAGCCUUGCUGGCCAGGAGCCCCCACCAGCCCCCUUCCUCCACCUGGCCAGCUGGCCAGCCCAGGGAUGCUCUGCAAGUAACCACUGGGGAGGCUGACUCCAUGAUGGGCCUGAGGGAGCGCAUCCAGGAGCUGGAGGCUCAGAUGGACAUCAUGCGGGAGGAGCUGGAGCACAAGGACCUGGAGGGUGACACGGCCACGCUGCGGGAGAAGUACCAGAAAGACUUUGAGAACCUUAAGGCCACAUGCGAGCGAGGGUUUGCGGCAAUGGAAGAAACGCACCAGAAGAAGAUUGAAGAUCUCCAGAGGCAGCACCAGCGAGAGCUGGAGAAGCUGCGAGAGGAAAAAGAUCGCCUCCUGGCUGAGGAGACUGCAGCCACCAUCUCAGCCAUCGAAGCCAUGAAGAAUGCCCACCGGGAGGAGAUGGAGCGUGAAUUGGAGAAGAGCCAGCGGUCCCAGAUCAGCAGCAUCAACUCGGACAUCGAGGCCCUGCGGCGGCAGUAUCUGGAGGAGCUGCAGUCAGUGCAGCGGGAGCUGGAGGUGCUGUCGGAGCAGUACUCACAGAAGUGCCUGGAGAACGCCCACCUGGCCCAGGCGCUGGAGGCCGAGCGGCAGGCCCUGCGGCAGUGCCAGCGCGAGAACCAGGAGCUCAAUGCCCAUAACCAGGAGCUGAACAACCGCCUGGCUGCGGAGAUCGCCCGGCUACGGACACUGCUGACGGGGGACGCUGGUGGGGAGGCUGCUGGCUCACCUCUCACGCAGGGCAAGGAUGCCUAUGAGUUAGAGGUCCUACUGCGAGUCAAGGAGUCAGAAAUACAGUACCUAAAACAGGAGAUCAGCUCCCUCAAGGAUGAGCUGCAGACAGCACUGCGGGAUAAGAAGUACGCCAGUGACAAGUACAAGGACAUCUACACGGAGCUCAGCAUCGUGCGGGCAAAGGCCGACUGCGACAUCAGCAGGUUGAAAGAGCAGCUGAAGACAGCCACGGAAGCCCUGGGCGACAAGUCCCCCGAGACCACGCCUGUGGCAGGAUACGAUAUAAUGAAAUCUAAAAGCAACCCCGACUUCUUGAAAAAGGACAGAUCCUCUGUCAGUCGGCAACUCAGAAACAUCAGGUCCAAGUCCGUAAUUGAGCAGGUCUCAUGGGAUAACUGAAACGAGCCCGCUUCCAGGUCCCUUGUCAUAGUCUGAAGGAAGGCCUGACGGUGCAGGAACGCCUGAAGCUCUUUGAAUCCAGGGACUUGAAGAAAGACUGACUGUCCGUUCACUUUGAACACACACCCUUCCCAGCUUGUGGCUGCACAACCCAAAUGCUACUUUCCGUCUGUACCUUUAUUUUUUAUUAUUAUUAUUAUUGUCAUUGUCAUUGUUAACUGUGGGUAUGGAUGCAUGAGAGACAGGUUUAUGGGUUGUUCACGCCAUUCCCUGCUGUGUUGAUGGAACUUUCUGUUGUCUUUAUCCAAGCUUGUUUCCACGGUGAUCUACAGUAAGCCGAGGGGACAAGAGGGCUUCAGCUGGCUCUGUUGGAAUCCUUCCCACUGUGGCCCGCCUCCCUCCCUCAUGUCAGUAUUAAAGCCCGGCAGCCGACAGAUAAGCUAGCUCUGCCUCGGAGCUGAGCGCACGGCGCUGGCCCGCUCUGCCGCACACGGAAUGCCUGCGGGGACAGCACGGCUGUGGUUUGGCCUGGAGCACAGCAGGAGAGCUGGGGUGGCCUGGGCCCGCCUUUGAGCUUGGGAGGAGGUCAGCAUUUGGGUCUGUCCCACGGAUGCAGCUCAGAACCACAGCCCAGGUGUUUGUGGGAAACUUUUCACAACCUUGAAAAUGUCGGAACAGCUUCUCCUGGUUUUGUUUGUUUUUUAUUAAAUCUGGCACAAAAACCCCACCCUCUCAUUCCUUCCUACACUCACUCUUUCCUUAGUCACCAGUCACCCUGUCUUCUCAUAUUAGUUGGCUUGUGGACCUGUGGCCUGAGGUUUCAGACUGCAGUUGCAAAUAAUAAUGAAUUCCCUCUGAAAACCUCACAUUGCUCUGGAGAAGGCUGAGAGAAGACCCCUAUGUUAAGUCAGGAAGAAAGUGUGGAGGGUGUCAAAUCAGCUGAAAAUUGCCCAUUUUGUGUUCUUAUCUCUAAUUUAAUUAAGGAGGUCUGAAGAGUUCCCUUUUAGCAUUUAGAGAGCCUAGAGUAACCCUUUACUAAUAGUUCUGCUUUUGCAAUGAGUAAGGCCUUUAACCACCCCAAAACACUCGACAGCAGCAGGCGCCAACCUUUCGUGCCUCCCGGGCCCCAGUGGUCCUCGGACCACCGCUUGGUGCCCGCUGCUGUACAGCACUUCUUGAAAAGAUCGUAGGCUGGAGUUUCUGCUACAGACCCAUGAAAACCAUUAGCCCUGCGAUAAGGAGAUAAAACCAGGUGGGACCACCGCUGCCUUAGGAGCAGGGGGGGCGCUGGGUGGAGCGAGGCACCGCCUCAGGCCCGGGAUUGGAUGCCAAGAGCCUGCUUUCACUCUCUCAAUGCUCGAGCUGGGCUGAUGGUCUCUGGGUGCAGAGGCUUGGGGGUAAAUUGAAGGAUCAUCUUGCUCGGUUUCUAGAUUAAGUGCGUGGACAAGGUCAUCUGGGAAGAGUCCUGAGAAGGCCUGGCAGGAGCCCUCGUGUGCUGUCUUCUUGCAGGAGAGACUCGGAGCUCUGCUGGCAUGGGUCUGCCCUGCUCUCCAGUUUUAAGAGUCUUAACCCAAACCUGUCGCUCUCUUGCUACUGUUCCACGUUUUUAAAAGCAAGAGAAUGUCAGCUGUUUCCUAUCCUACUUACCGACACUCCUGGGCACGCAGACUGUUUUUAUAGAGCACUGUGGCUUUCUUUGUCACGCGCAGGAUUCCUGGAGCACACAGACUGUGGGGACUCGUGUGCUGCACAUCCUCUAGUGCAGUGACGGGACCUCGGCCUGGCUCUGCAGGCUGGGCACUGUGGCCUCGCGGCCUUCCUUCGGAGGACUCGCCCCUGAGGUCUGGGCAGGCCACGCAUGGAGUCCCGCGCCAUCUGCCUCCAGCUGCGCUGGAGGGUCUGCCGUCUGGUGCUUGGGAAGAGGUCCUCGUCCCUUAAGGUUAGGUCUCAGGAAUCCUGGGAAGCAACUGUGUUGAGUGCAGCAUUUGGGAGUCAAAGGCAGAGGCCAGGGAACACCUCUGGUCCUGCAGCCUCUGAAACGGACCUUCCUGCUCAGCCACUCGCUCUCCAGGGCAUGGUCCGAGCUGGGAUUACCAGAAACCAGGCCGGGAUGCUCAGCUGGCUGAGAAGGCCUCCUUCACACGGCUGGUUCCGCUGCAGCCUCCCCCGAGAGCGCGAGCUGUCUUGGCCUCGCUGAGGGUCCGUCCAUAGUGACAGCUGCGGGCAGGCUGAGCCAGGUGCGAGCCUCCUGCUGCUCAGCCUGCCCUCCACCUGAGAGCACGCAGGGCGGAACAAAACGCCCGCCGUGCAGCGUCCUCCACGUGCUCCCUGCAGGCCCAGCCCCAGAAGGGUUCAGCCACGUAGCCCCUGAGCAGAGCGCGGCGUGGAGGCAGGUCUGCAGGGCUGUGGCAGGGGGAAUAGGGGACCCGCUGCUCUGGGCUCCUAAUCCCAGCAUGAACCAAGCGGGAGUGUCCCCUCUCCCGGGCCAGCUCCUCAGGCUGUCUCUCCUGGCCGUGUGCACCUCCCCUGCUGUCUGUCGGUGGGAAAGUGCGGCACUCACGUUAACUACAGGAGCACGUGCAGCGGCCCUCCAGCCUGGCCUGUGUGGCGGGCCGGUGCCUGCAGCCUCCUGGCAGCGGUGGGGCUGAGGCGGCAGAGAGCACUCUGCCACUAGGAACUGAGCGUGGGCACCAAGGCGGCAGGAAUGAAGUAGAAUUUGUGCAGGAAGUGGUGGCAGUCCUUGAGUGACUGGCAGCGGCCAUGUGGGAACUUGUGGUUUGUCAGCAGCUAAGGUCAGAGGCCCCUCAUGAUCCAGCAACUGGGAAGCUAGGAGAACCAGGAAGUUAUCACACCGCAGCACCCAGACCCCGUCCCUCGCUCACUGACGGGUACUGGGGCCGGCGCAGGCCACACCCAGGAGGAGGGCUGCAGAUUUUUAAAAGCACAGUGUGCUUCUUAGUCUCUGCCUGAAGGAAAUGCUGACAAGGAAGGCCAGGACCAGAAUUGGCAGAAAGCACUUAGCAUGGAGGUGCCUUUCCCACCCUCCCCACCACAGAGGCUCCGCUGGCCUCCCUGCUGCCAGGGGGCCGUCAGCAAGUCUGGUAGAGUCCCCCGGGCGGGGCGGAGGGCACAGCGAGGACGCGCUGUGGCACCAGGUGUGGCAGGCAGUGCGCUUCUCUGAGGAAGGCUUCUCUUCUCCCUCGUUGCUGGCAACACUGGUCCUGAGCCCAGGCCUCUGGGCCUCGCAGCUUACAGCAGGGCCUGCGGCCUGUCCCCUGCCUGCUGAGGCCUGCGUGACGCCUUCAUGGCUAACCACCCCUCCACCUGCCCUCCCCGGGUGUCGGAGUCUGAGCCAGCUCUGCAGGGAUCCAAAGCUGUCUUCAGUUACAGUGAAAAGAAUGCAGCCCAUCAACAUUUAUUUUUCCUGAAAAUAAAAUUUGUUCAUCGUUGUCCUAAGGAGCCUUAGAAUUUAACAUUUCCCUUUAUAGUCACAAUUUCAAAAAACAGGGUUCUUUGACAUCCCUUUAUCACCAAAGGAAGGAGAAGGGAACUUUAAGUAUUUUCAAAUUUUAAAAAGAAGGUGGACAUAAGACAUUCUCUCAUAGGAAACUGGACAUAAAUUCAGUGUGGAAACGCACACUGUCGAUUUCUCUCACGUUCUGCCUUCUGGGGAAAACGGGCCCCACUCUGUGCCUUUUGAGACCUAAGUUUCACGUCUUCUUGCCUCUCUGUAAAGUGCAGAGGCCUGUCUUCCCUGAAGUCUCCAACAGAAAGCAGAAGCAUUAGCUCCACAGGCCCACCCCGGGGGCCCUCUGAGCCCUCUCCUGCAGGUGCUCAGGCAGGACUGUGAUGACCUACGCUGGCUCCAGUCCCCUUGACUAAAGCAGCUGUAUUUGUCUUCAAAAUCACCUGUACAUUAUUCAGAGCAAGCAGUGUAAAUACUAAUCAGAAGUUUCUGUAGGAAUUUUGGUGACAAAAAGGGAUGUCUGUGUACAACUAAGCAACAUCACACUUGAAGAGAGCGAGAACAACUUCGGACAGCAAUGAACCCCACCCGACAUUAAAAGGAAAUGCUUUCAAUGACUUUCUCAAAGCUUUGGUCAUUGAACAAGUAAUUUUAAAGGCUGUAUACAGUAUCUACAGUAAUGAUAACCCUGCAUCCAAACAUUGUUUUUCAUUUAAAAAACAACAACAACACUCUAAUUUGUCCUUGGUAGAGCUAUUUAAAACCCUGGAGGAAAAUCAAGGGAAUAGAGAGCAUGGUAGUUCCAUGUUGACCAGAUCCCGCUAUGCAGUAACUCAGACCUGUGGGGCAGCCCUGGCCGUGGGCUCUGCACACAGGCUGCGUGCGGAGUCCCGCCGAGGGCCCGGCUUUCCCCAGCUCUCGGGCUGCGUAGGAGGGUGCAAGCCCACAAUGCUGGCGUUCGGUAGUGCACGUCUGUCAAUGGGUAGGAGAGCAGUGAGGCACAGGACACUUAGGAUGGGAUGGUCCGACGCAGGAGAGUGCUGGAAGUCUCCGGGAAACACAGCUGGUCUCCCGUUGCAGCCUGCGGGGCCUGUGGGUGGCUGAGUGCGCAGCGAAGGACCACCAGACCCAGCCGGCUGCUGCUUCACGGUUCCCAUGCCCUUUGCUCUUUCCCCCUUUACAACUAGUUAUAUCACAUAUUUCAAUUUUAUUUUAUAGAGAGCUAGGAAUAGAGUAAGAAGAACACUAAAUUAUUGUUAUGUUUAUAUCACAAAACUUCAAUUAAAAUGGAUUUUAGGAUUUACCUUUAGUAUUUACAACAUAUCUACUGACUUUUUAUUAGGAUUCAAACUGGCUAAGUGAUAAGAAUUCAUAUGGUUUUCCUAAGUAAUAUUUAUAAAAUGUAAAGUUUCUAAGUGGUUCCUGAACAAAUUAUAAUCAGUGAUUUUUCUAUCAGGGUAAAUGUCUCAGUUCAGCUACUAAAGACAAAAACACUAUACUAAACUGCUGGGAGACGGACACACAGACAGUGAAAACUGCACGUAGUUUUUCUGCUAAGAGGAGUUUGGAGAUAAAUCCCAGCAGCCACUUUUGUCGCCGCUAAUUAUUUCAGCAGUUAGGUGAUACCUGUUUAAAGAACAAACUGUGUGUUUUAACUGGUGUUUAAUUUCUGUACUAACACUAAACGAUAAUGUUCACCCGACUAACGUCACAGGCGAAGAGGCAGGCCCAGCAGCCAGGUGACCCGGAGACUCCUCCGGAGCCUCAGCAGAGGCAGGCGCCCAGGCUUCGCCCUCAGGCUGUGCGUCCGGAAGAGGAGCCUGGCCAGGGAGGCUGCUCUGUUUUGACAAUUGUUAUGGUUUAGUUUGAGGCUUUAAAAAAAAGUCUCUGAUCAACUUUCACUACAACUGAAGUAUUACUUUGUCAAAAUAUUUAUUCCUUUGUGUGACAUGCUAGAUUCCUAUGGAUAUAGCUGGUCAUUUCUAUUUUGUAAAUACCACCUAACUUUACAUAAACUCUAUCAUAAUAAACUAUUUUUGCAUCACCUUU